GACGCCGACGCCUGCGAACGCAACGGCUUGCCGCACGCGGUCAAGAAGAUGUGGACCAAGACAGAGGACGACCUGCUGCGGGAGCAGGUGCGUCGGUGCGGCGGCCCGCACAACUGGGACGCCAUCUGCCGAGGGCUGCUCGGCCGCAACUCCAAGUCGUGCCGCGUGUGCUGGUGCCAGCACCUCGACCCCAGGGUGGGGGCCGUCAAGCCCUUCACCCCUGAGGAGGACAUGCUCAUCGUCAAGUACCAGGACACAUACGGCAACCGCUGGUCCACCAUCGCCGAGUUCCUCUCCGGCCGCACCGACAACGCCAUCAAGAACCGCUGGAACUCCGUCCUCCACAAGCACGCGCCCUCCUUGCAGGGGUACCCGCGCCUGUGGGCUCCUUCCAUCGCCCGACAGGCCGUGAGCCCCGAGGUCAUGCCGGGAUGCCUGCCGCUGUUUCUUCUGACGAGCGGGGAUGUCAGGAUGUCCCUUCAUUCGACCGAGGACGUGUCAGAGGCUGAGACAUGUCCGGCGGAGAGGGAGUGCCUCGAGCUGUUCCCUCUGGCGCCCGGGGAUAUCAUGGGCAACACGGGUGCUGCGGCGUCGAGUGUCAUGUCAUGCGGAGCAGACGACCCGCUCACCGAGCUGAGGCUCUGGCCGGCGGCGAGGGUGGUGUUCGACGUAAUGCCGCUGCAGGCUUACCGGAUGUACAUUCAUUCUAGUCUUCUUGCCAUGACUUAG